AUGACGGGCCUCAUUCCCAAAGUGGAUUAUCCGAAAAGAAAGCAGCCGUCCAGAUGUGUGACUGUGUGUCUUGGGUUACUGUGUGCCGUCCUGUUGGCUGGUAACAUUGGACAAUUCGUCUACUAUGAGAUAAUCAUCCAGCGCACAUCAGCUGACCCAACACAGGCCGGUACCAACAUCCAAGGAGGUCAGAGCAGUUAUGAUGCUCUUACUGCAGAGAGAACACAGUUAGAGGCCAGACUCACUAACCUGACUCAAGAAAAACACCAGUGUCAGCAAAGUUACAACAGCCUGACUCAAAAGUAUGAUCAGAUACAGAGCAAUCACAAGAAUCUGACAGCAAGUAAAGACCAGCUACUGACCAAUCAGGGUAACCUGCAAAGUGAAAGAGAAGAGUUACAGAUGUCAAUGAUAAUGCUGAGAGAAAACAGAGAUCAGUUACAGAGCAAUUACACCUCGCUGAAGAGUAACAAGGACCAGUUGCAAAGGAGCUACAACGCACUGAAUGUAAGUAAAACUCAGCUUCAGAUCAGCUACAGUUCUUUGGAGAUAGACAAAGAACAACUGCAAACCAGUUAUAAUACUCUGCAGAAGGAAAAUGACCAACUACAGACCAAUAGCAGUAACUUGCAAAGUGAAAAAGAAGAGUUACAGAUGUCAAUGAUAAUGCUGAGAGAAAACAGAGAUCAGUUACAGAGCAAUUACUCCUCGCUGGAGAGUAACAAGGACCAGUUGCAGAGAAGCUACAAUACAAUGAGUGUUAGUAAAAAUCUCCUUCAGAUCAGCUACAAUUCACUGUGGAGAGACAAAGAACAACUGCAAACCAGUUGCAAUACUCUGAAGAGGGAAAAGAACCAACUACAGACCAAUUACAGCAGUUUGGCUACAGAUAGAGAUCUGUUAGAGAAGAGGAUCAACAAAUUAAAAGGCAGACCCUGUCAGGCAGGCUGGAGGAAGUUCGACAUCAGUUGUUACUUUGUUUCAAAUGCAAAGAAAAAUUGGACGUUAAGCAGACAAGACUGCAUCUCAAAAGGAGGAGAUCUGGUGGUUAUAGACAGCAAGGAGGAACAGGUAUUUCUCAACGGGAUACUGGCAGUACGCCAAAAUGCCUGGAUUGGUCUGACUGACAGUCUUGAAGAAGGGACUUGGAAGUGGGUGGACGGGACCCCAGCCACACAAACGUUCUGGCAGCCCGGGCAACCCAACAGCUUCAAUGGGAACCAGGACUGUGGAGAGAUUGUGCCCAAAUCAACGGGAGUGGGAGAAUGGAACGAUGACGGCUGUUUCUCUGAACAGAUCUGGAUCUGUGAGAGAUAAGACCACGAUGAUUGAAAGUUAUUUACAGUGUGUAGGUUUUUUUAUUGAGCCUACAGUUUAUUUUAUCCAUAAUUAAUUCAUUCUACUUAUUGCAUUCCCUCAUUAUCAUGAACACAGACACUAUAGUAUAUUUAGAAUCAAUGUCUAUACUCACUAGAGCACUAAUUUUGUAUUAAUCCGCAGCUAAAAGAUCC